CGCGGAUGGAUGGAGCCUGGAGACGGAAUUCAGGCUUAACAAGUGAUCGCUGCUGUCUAGGAUUUCGUGUCUGUUCGGGGGAACCUUGACUUCCUUUCCCAGCCCAGCUCUGCUGUGCUGAACUCCUGAGCAGCCACGGGAGGAGUCUUGGGGAAUUUUCCUUGGGGGCGUCCCCAUCUCCACCCUUGGGUCCCUGCAUCCAGGACUGUGUGCCCCUCUGGCCAGACCACUGAACUUGUUCAAUGGAUAUUUUGAAGCCUCCUUCCACCAACCCGGAGUGAUUCCUUUCACCGCACGCCCCCCCCAACCACCCAGGAUCAUUUUGCCCCUCCUCCAGCUGUUGCAGCUUGGGGAGGGGGGGUGAAAAACAAACCAGCGGGGGAUUUUUCUCUAUUUUUAUUUUUCGCCCCUGCUGGGAACGGUGAAGUACUUCUGAAUGAUUUUAGCCAAAGGAUACCCUUCAUUUCCUUGAUUUCUAUGGAGACCUCAGCACUGGGUUCACCUCUGCGGACACCUCAUCUUGUACCUUCUCUACCUCCCAAGGUCCUUGCCUCUGUCUACAAUUUGGCACUACCUUUGGGUCCAGAAAGCCUCUGAUGAACUGAGGGGAGCCUGGGAAAUCAUUCUCCUAGGGUCUGAGCAGCAAUGGCUGGAUGUACUUUAAGUCAUAUCUUAACAUGGGUCAAGCUAUCAUAAAAAGGCAAGUGCUAAGACUAAAGACUUACUGGCAUUAGAUUAAAAUCUGAUGGACUGGGAUUUGGAUACUUUCCAUGCAGAAAAAAAAAAUGUAUUUCCUUUUCUAGGCACAAAUGCUGGCUGUCAAAUACUGCCUUUCGGUAUUGCAGCAUCAUUACCGACCACAUCCCAGACAUUUCCAGAUUGGAGCAUCUACCCCAAAAGUAGGUGUUUGGGAGACUGUAACAUUUUAUGACUUAGGUUUGAAGAGCACUGAGUUGUUUGUCUAGACUAGCCAAGCUCUGGAAAGAAUGUUGUAUCUCUGAGAAGAAAAAGAAUGGGGCAUGCUGAUUUAAAAACAGAAAAUGCAAAGUUGGACUGAAAAUAUCCUUACUCUUGCAAGCAAUCUGCUUAAGCAUUCCAAACUUACCUUAAUGUGGUGAGAGAAUAAGCUGCCCUAUUUUUCUUUUCUUCUUCCCCUUCUUCAUUUUCUACAACUGGAACCAGCCAUUUCCCAAAACCAGCACCAUGGAGGUGGCAAUGGUGAGUGCAGACAGCUCAGGGUGCAACAGUCACAUGCCUUAUGGUUAUGCAGCCCAGGCCCGGGCCAGGGAGCGAGAGAGGCUUGCCCACUCCAGGGCGGCUGCAGCCGCUGCUGUGGCAGCUGCUGUGGAAGCCAGUGGGGGUUCUGGCGGGGGCUCCCACCACCACCACCACCAGCCCCGUGGGGCCUGCACCUCUCAUGACCCUCAGGGAAGCCGGGGUAGUCGGAGGAGGAGAAGGAGGCCACAGCCAGAGAAGAAGAAAGUCCACCAUCGGCAGAGCAUUUUACCUCAUUGCUCGGACCUGAUGCCCAGUGGCUCUGAAGAGAAGAUCCUGAGGGAGCUGAGUGAGGAAGAGGAAGAGGAGGACGAGGAGGAGGAAGAAGAGGAAGAAGAGGGAAGGUUUUACUACAGUGAAGAUGACCAUGGGGACGAGUGUUCCUAUACGGACCUGCUGCCUCAGGAUGAUGGAGGUGGUGGUGGCUACAGUUCUGUCCGCUACAGUGACUGCUGUGAACGUGUGGUGAUAAAUGUAUCUGGCCUACGCUUUGAAACCCAAAUGAAGACGUUGGCCCAGUUUCCAGAGACUUUGUUGGGGGACCCUGAGAAGCGAACUCAGUACUUUGACCCUUUGCGUAAUGAGUAUUUUUUUGACAGGAACAGACCCAGCUUUGAUGCUAUUCUGUACUACUACCAGUCAGGAGGCCGCCUCAAGAGGCCAGUGAAUGUCCCCUUCGACAUCUUCACUGAAGAGGUGAAGUUCUAUCAGUUGGGAGAGGAAGCCCUGCUUAAGUUCCGGGAGGAUGAGGGAUUUGUGAGAGAAGAGGAGGACAGGGCCUUGCCUGAGAAUGAAUUUAAAAAACAGAUAUGGCUUCUCUUUGAAUAUCCAGAGAGCUCCAGCCCUGCACGGGGAAUAGCCAUUGUGUCUGUCCUGGUCAUCUUAAUUUCUAUUGUCAUCUUUUGCUUGGAGACCUUGCCCGAGUUCAGGGAUGACAGGGAUGUUAUCAUGGCUCUGAGUGCAGGCGGUCACAGUGGCUUGUUGAAUGACACUUUGGCAGCCCACCUGGAGAAUGCAGGGCACACAAUAUUUAAUGACCCCUUCUUCAUCGUGGAGACAGUGUGUAUUGUGUGGUUUUCCUUCGAAUUUGUGGUUCGCUGCUUUGCUUGUCCCAGCCAAGCACUCUUCUUCAAGAACAUCAUGAACAUCAUUGACAUUGUUUCCAUUUUGCCUUACUUCAUCACCCUGGGCACUGACCUGGCCCAGCAGCAGGGGGGUGGCAAUGGUCAGCAGCAGCAGGCCAUGUCUUUUGCUAUCCUCAGGAUCAUUCGUCUAGUCCGUGUGUUCCGGAUCUUCAAACUCUCCAGACACUCCAAAGGCCUGCAGAUCCUGGGCCACACCCUCAGAGCCAGCAUGCGGGAACUGGGACUUCUCAUCUUCUUCCUCUUCAUCGGAGUCAUUCUUUUUUCCAGCGCUGUGUAUUUUGCAGAAGCAGAUGAACCCACUACCCAUUUCCAAAGCAUCCCAGAUGCAUUUUGGUGGGCUGUGGUAACCAUGACAACUGUGGGCUAUGGGGACAUGAAACCCAUCACAGUGGGGGGCAAGAUCGUGGGGUCUCUGUGUGCCAUUGCAGGUGUCUUAACCAUUGCUUUGCCAGUGCCAGUGAUUGUGUCUAAUUUUAACUAUUUCUACCACAGAGAGACUGAAAAUGAGGAGCAGACGCAGCUGACACAAAACGCAGUCAGUUGCCCAUACCUUCCUUCUAAUUUGCUCAAGAAAUUUCGGAGCUCUACUUCUUCCUCCCUAGGGGACAAGUCAGAGUAUCUAGAAAUGGAAGAAGGCGUUAAGGAAUCUCUAUGUGCAAAGGAAGAGGAGUGUCAGGGCAAGGGGGAUGACAGUGAGACUGAUAAAAACAACUGUUCUAAUGUAAAAGCCGUGGAGACUGAUGUGUGAAUCGCUUUCUCCACCUGCCACUGCCCCCCACAGUAUCUCCAAAUAUAUUUAUGCAUAGAGAGUGCAGUUAUGAAAAUGAAAUAUGCAAAUGACUCUACUGCAUACGGUAGUACGCUGUUUAAUGGUAAUAUGUGGCAUAAUUGUUACUAAACUUGUAUUACAUAUCAAGUAAAUUAUACAUCUUGGAGAAGAGCGAGGCUUAAAUAGGAGUGAAUCUAUCUUUAUAUUUUUUAUUAGAAUGCAAGUAUUUUGCACAUAACUGGAAAAGGUGUUAAUAGUAAAGAUGGUUCUAUGGAGAGAGCGUGUGUGUAUGUGAGCGUGUGUGCAUGUGGGUGUGUAUGUAUAAGUAAAUUGUCAACAUUGUGGGUAAUUGUGCAGUGAUGGAAAAAGUUGGCAUUUUGAAGUAUUUACUAUGUAAGAACUAAUGAACUUGAGCAGUUAUUUAUCAGUGCUUU